AUGAACAAGAUUCUUCCGACUAGCAUAAUCAUUGGAGUAGAUGUUCAGAUGGAUUGUUUUCGAGUAGCUAUUCCAAAUACAGCAGAUUUAAUUAUGUUACUCGAUUCAAACGAAAUGCCGAAAGCUUUUUCUACAACAUUCGAAGUCAUACCAAAAAAUGGAACCGUACCUGAUGUUAUAGACGAAAAGAAUUUCGAAAAAUUCAAUUAUCGCUUUCUAACAAAUCACGAUGAAAUAUACAAUCCAGAAUAUACAAUAGUGCAUCCUGCUAACUUUAUUGGAAAGUUGUCAACACAUGACUUCCACCAAUUGAAUUUUAAGCGAAAAUAUUACCAUCAACACGUUUCAUCAAAUAAUUCUUUUUAUAAAACUGUUGGAUUUGAUCCAACAGUAGUCACAACGACAAUACUACACAGAAUUAAACAGAAAAUUGCCGAUGGCGGCAUGGAGGUAAUGCAAGCUGUUUUUUCUGUCCCAAAAUUUUGGGUUCAAUCUCAAAGAGAAGCAAUAUAUUAUCCCGCAAAGCAAUUAAAACUCAAUCCACGACUAAUUGAUUCCACUACAGCCAUGGGUUCCUUUAUAACUCAUAAAUACGAGAAAAAAGUUACGAAACAUGAACGAAGGAUCCUCAUUAUAGAUAUCGAACAAACAUCAUGCGAAGCUAUUGUAUUCGAAUUCUCUCGUAAAAACAAAAUAUUUGCACAUGAACAAAUGUAUUCUUAUACAGAUAAAGCAGGAUUAAGGGAUUUCGAAUGUGUGAUCGCCGAUUUGAUACAGAAACAGACAAAAACACCAAGCGAGCCAUAUUGGGAGUACAUUAGAUUGAAAGAAGCCGAAAAAGUCAUAAAACAAUUAAAUACAAAUACAGAAGCUUCAGGACACAUACUCGGAAUCCCAUAUAAAGUCACCCGCCAGCAAUUACAAGUAUCUUCUGUUGAAUAUUUGCAAAAUAUUUUCGAUAUGGUUGCAUCAAUCUUGAAAAUUGUGCCAAAUAUCGAAAUUGACCACGUAGAAGUUAUUGGUUGUGGAGCGCGCUUGUACACUGUCAGGAAAACUAUUUGCCAAGUCUUUGGAAAAAAUCGAGUUACAGUUGAUUCGGAGCCAGAGCAAGCAAUCUCAGUCGGACUUGCAAAUUUAGCAUUCCAAAAAAUCAAUAUUGAUACUGAGGUUCUUUAUCCUUUGAAUUUCGUCCAAGGAAAACAAAUUGCUCCUAUUAACCAAUCAAUUCCAUUCAAAACAGGUCUAGUGUCAGUAGAAAUACCACAUAACCUGAAUAUACCUGUUGGAGCGCCGUAUAUAGUGAUGUCAGCCAAUGUUACCGAGAAUACAAAAAUUUCAUGUAAUCCUUCCAGGAUUUAUAAGUUUAAAGACUCAUUAACGCCAAAUAAACGACCAUGGGUAAUAGAAACAAUGAUAUUUACCCAAUUCGUCGCCAAUUCUAUUCAAGUUAAUGAGAAAAUGCACCAAUUAAGAAGAUAUCUUGGAUUUAUGAUCGGAAAUUUCUCAACAGAUUUAGAAGUAUCCGAAGCUCUUAACACUGUUAUCAGUCCAGAAGAUAAAGAGCUAUUAGUUCGCGAAGUUUCCGAUCUAAAAGCUUAUUACGACAAAAUUAACGCAAAAGCUUCGAUGGAAGAAUUAUUUAAAAUGGAAGAAAAGGUAAAGAAUACAAUGAUGAUGGCGAAUAUGAAGAAAGAUAACCUUCUUUACCUUGAUACUUCAAUAGAAAAAUUUGUUACAAAAUGUAACAAAAUAACUGAAGAUAUAAAGAACAUGGUAGAGAUAUUCCAGACAUCUAUGACCGAUGAGACAGUUCAGGACUUACUUAGACCUCUUGUUGAAGCUCAGAUUUGGUUUGAUUUUCAUUACAGGCGACAGCGUUCGAUUCCUUCCGAAUUCAUGCCUCAAUUAUGGUGGUUUGAAGUAGAGAGAAAAAUCACCGGAAUCGAAGCUCAGUAUAAGGCUAAGUUUCGAAAAAUGACUGAUGAGUUUAAAGAUAAGAAAAUUAAGAAAUAA